AUGUCCGUGGGGACUGACGGUAGCAAACAGUGUAACAGGGAGACGCCGUGCAUGACUUGUGUGCUCCGUGGAAAGCAAGACAGCUGCUCCUAUGGAGAUGCGAUUCCUGGUCGCUCCCAGAAGCCCGUCGAGGGGGCGUAUGUCGACGCCUUCUCCAAGGCGCCCGACUUCAGUGCACAAGAUUACCAAUCUGCUAGUGAAGAGACCUGGAGCCCCGAUCUCGCUUGUUUCGGCUAUUCCAACGUCAACGUGCACAACUCACUUGGUAUCGUCAAGAAACUGGAAAACCUGGAGUUGGGGAGCAGUCCCCGUCCAUCGCAGAAUCAGAAGAAUGUCACUCUGUGCCAGGCCGCCUACGACAUCUACAAAUCCGUGCUGAAACAACUGCCAUGUUCAGCCUGCGUGAGAGAUCUGGUCGAAGUCUUCUUCGACGAGGUCAAUUGGCAGUACACCAUCCUCGACCGAAACUAUUUCACAACCAAACUCGAGGAGUACUACCAUCAGCCUACCUCGCCCCUUUACCAACCAGAACGGACAUUUCCCUCCCAAAGGCUUAUAUUUUCGGCCCUCCUCUUUCAGGUCCUGGUCUGCGCUUUGCAGUUCCUCCCAGCUGGCCGUUCUGAAAACCUUCACACUUUCUGUAUCAAAGGCAUUGUUGUGGAUGGAGAUGGACCGUCAGACGAUCCCACGAUGCGGCUUCUGAGCCUGCUCCCAAAAAAUGUCAUCAAUUUGGACUAUAUUGCAGCACAGAUUCUGCGCACUGCAUGGCUCAAGAACCGCGGGCUGAUUGCUGAAGCGUGGCACGUCGUUGCCCAAGCAACCAUCAAUGCGCAAGAGAUAGGCAUCCAUCGCGACGAUGGCAAACUAUACGCCACUGACGCCGAGAGUGCCUGUGUGGAGCUAUGGGAUAUCGUGCUACGGCGACGUCUGAUGUUGAAUCUUUACCUUUGGGACAGCGAGAUGGGCAUGGUCCUAGGCAAACCACUCAAUUUCAAGGCCAAUGACUAUACAGUGGUUCCGCCAACAGACUGCGAAAUCCCCAGGAACCGAAAAUCUACAGCUCCUUUCGAAAGGAGCGAAUACGAGACACCGAAUACCUUCACAGUGCGAUUGCUCGAGUACCAUAUGCACAAGCACCUUCCACAAAUCAGGGAGUUAGAGUUAGAAGGGCCUUACCCACGAGACUAUAGCAAGGUGGAACGUCUUCACCAAGGGGCCUUGGAGUAUAUUGCAACCAUCCCAGCCAUCUACCGAUUCGAAAAUCCCGACACAUCCUUCGACGAGGAAUGUCCUAUGCUUGCCGCACAACGCGAAUUCUUCUGCGCGACUAUAUGGCUAUUCAUCCUUCUGCUUCACCGGCCCUAUAUCUUUUCAAACUCCAAAAGCCGAAGCGAGAUCAUGAAAGCGGGCAUCCACAUGUUGGAAGCCCAGCAAAGAUUUUUCGAAACCCUCUCUCCUCAUCACUACAAGAUGUUCACCCUGACCUAUUUAUCCGUCGAGCCUUGCGUCUCCAUGCUGGCUGUGUUGAUCGCAUUUCCGCACGAAAAUGCACAGCUGGUUUCACAAGCCUUCAGAUGCAUCAAAGAGUCCCUUGUCAGACUCAAAACAAUCCGCAAUACGAAUAAAGUGGCUGGCCAAGGCGCCGAUGUCAUUCAGAAUUUGCUGCUUCGAGCAGAGAAGAAUCAACCAUCUCCGGUGUCGACAUCAAAGUCUAGCAGUCCUAGAUCAGACGAGCACUCUUCGGAAUUAUUUGUGACGCCUAGCUCUCAUGGCGCAGCCUCCUUCUUUCCCGUGGCAGAACAGCAGCAGCAACAGCAACAGCAGCGACCACAACAAGAACAUCAGUCGGCCUUAUUCUGCGGCAAUGCCUCGUUCGGAGAUAUGCCUGAUUGGAGUACGCCCUUCCAGCAAGCGUCAUCGACAGCCCCGCCAGUCAGCUCCGGUUAUGCAUUUGAUAGGACCCCUUUUCGGCCAGUCGCAGACUUGACGUACAAUGACCUGGCCAUUGCGCAGCCUUUCUCCAUAUCCGAAGACGAUUUCAACGGUGGACCUGGUACGGGCGCCGGCAGUGGCAGGGUUGCCAAUGAGGUGCCGCAGCAGUUUCGCGGCGACUUCGGUGAGGGCUCUUUCUGGAGUUUCGUCAACAGGGGCUCUACCUAA